GGCUAGUUGCUGAAGCUGCCUCAUGCAUUUGCUUCCGAGUCAGUCCACCUUCCCAUGCAUUGUAAGUUCAUGUUUCCACUCCAAGGUCUUCAUGCACAAUGCGAGCUCACACAGAUGGCAACUCUUUCUUCUAUAGAAGAGCCGAGCGCCGUAGCAUGUCGUCUCAUAUUCCGAAGUAAUACUACUUGAGAACAGCUGAUAACAAUGGUGGGCAUUCCACUCCCUCAGCCUGAUAGGAUUCUCAACUACCCCCAAAAUGGGGAGCUGAAGUAUCUGUUUAGGAAGAAGUUGACAAUUAGCGACCUUGCGAUGGGGUUAAUCCUCACGCGAAUGCCGACCAACUUCCUAAUAGGCGUUUCAAGGGGGGUGCUUGAUGCCAUCAUGAAGGAUGGACUGAUGGUCCGGUGUUACACGCCGGCUAUACACCACCACGUCGUACUAACAUUCGAUGGACACGAGGCGAGUUUCCGGUUCCAGAGAUCUGGUGGUUGGGAUGAAAUUGCCGAGGUGAAUCGAUUUGGAAUUGGGCACCAAAUCGAUUGUUGGUCUCUAUAUGACGCAGAGGAUGGUCCGCAUGGCAAGUUGGGCUUUCUGGUCCAACGGGUUGGGAAUCGAAUUGGGGGCUCCGAUGAGGAAUUUCAUGCAUCUGCUUCGGGAGGAACAGCAACAUCAAGUUAAAGAGGAUCAGGAUUCUGAAGAUCGACCGCUUAAGAGAUUAUCCGACCUCUAAAUAAUCGAUUGCUAGUUUUCUUUCUGUUCUUUCAGUUUUUGGGUCUUUGGCUUUACGAUUUGAUGGU